AUGGACUUGGAUGACGACGCACCACCGGAGCUGGUCUCUACCGGCACAGAUCUGGAGCCCGAGGAAAAGCCAGUAAAAGUACCCAUCACGCUAAUUACUGGAUACCUCGGUGCGGGAAAGACGACGCUAUUAAACUACAUCCUGACCGCCGAGCAUGGCAAAAAAAUCGCGGUCAUUAUGAAUGAGUUUGGGGACUCGCUGGAUAUUGAAAAGUCCUUGACCAUCAACAAGGACGGCGAGUCGGUCGAAGAGUGGAUGGACGUGGGCAACGGCUGUAUAUGUUGCUCGGUCAAGGAUACCGGAGCGAACGCCAUCGAGUCGCUGAUGGAAAAGAAGGGCAAGUUUGACUACAUCCUCCUCGAGACCACAGGUCUUGCAGACCCUGGGAACAUUGCCCCCAUGUUCUGGAUGGACGACGGGCUCGGCAGCACCAUCUACCUGGAUGGCAUCGUAACCCUCGUCGACGCCAAGAACAUCCUCCGUAGCCUGGACGACCCCGCAGGGAAAGUCGAGGGCCACGAGGAUGGCGAAGAUGCGCAUGGGCCGGUCAUGACAACCGCCCAUGUACAGAUCUCCCACGCCGAUGUCAUAAUCAUUAACAAGUCCGACCUGGUGAGCGAGCAGGAGCUGCAGGCCGUGAAGGAUAGGAUCGAGUCCAUCAACGGGCUGGCCAAGGUCUUCACCACGACCCAGAGUGUCGUGCCGAAGCUCGAAGGGUUCCUGCUCGACUUGCACGCCUACGACACUGUUGAUGGUCUCGACCGUCCAGGACUCGGCCACAGUCACAUCGACAAGACCAUCUCGACCAUUUCGAUCCUGCUCCCAGAGCUGACCGAGGAACAACAAUCGGCGCUCGAUGCGUGGUUGCGCUCAGUGCUGUGGGAAAACGUCCUCCCCGGCCACGAGCCGACAGGCGGCCCCGCGUACGAUAUCCAUCGACUGAAGGGCCGCUUCUUUACCGAUAGCGGAAAGGAAAAGAUCAUCCAGGGAAGAUGGGUCGGAUUCUGGUUCAAGGCGCGGUUGGGCGAGCCGGAUGUCGCAGAGUCCUCUCGAACAGCGCUCCCGUCACCGAGCAUCCACCCCACUGCUGCUAUCGUCACCAUUGUCGAGUACCCCGGAGGAGAAUAUGCUGACGCGCACGCGAUGAUAGGGGGUGUACCACAGGCGCUUCGCGGCAUGCCCAAUGGGUUCGCAGGCCAGCAACAGCAACAACAGCAAUCCGGCCGGGCCGUCUCGAACAGGUUACCGAACGGAAAGAUAGGGCCGGUCGGGAACGCGGCAGGAUGGGGUUUCGGCGGUGGCAUGCCUAUGGGGGGGAGCGCAAGUGUGCCCCCGGGCGCGGCGAGACCACUAGGAGGAAACGUUAGCUUCGCGCAGAGCCUGACGGGGUCACAGCCGGCAACGCCACUUGACCUAGCAGAGUUUCCAACGUUAUCCAAUUCAAACCAGCUCAACUCGGCAAACCAGUCGUCCAUGUGGUCUGCGCAAGGUCCCCGGAAUCUUGGUGCGGGCGUCCAUCGGGGAGGGGGGACUCCAAUCUCGUCGCAGCAGAAUCAGCAAGACGAUAUGUUCGCCUCGCGUUUGGCUUCGGCUCAGAGCUCAUAUAGAUACGGGAACCAAGGGACCGGGUCCCAAGCAGCUCAAGGGCAGUCUGGUGUAGCCGACGAUUUUCCGCCGCUGAACCGGAGCGCAAACGGAGAGAUGGGCGGGCAGGAGCGAGGAGGUAACCUGAUGUCAAGCUUGGGGUUUGGCUCCCAGGGCUCGGCUUCCGGGUCCGCGAUGCACGCGAAUCGGGCAGGAAACGGUCUGCUGAACGCGCUGUCUGCGACGUCGAGGGCCGCGGACGUUCGCUCACCGUCCGCGAUAGCGCGACCACAGGACUCACGUAGUCCGGCCGAGGAUGAGUCGCGCCAGAAGGGGACUGGAUAUCGCGAGGAUUCGGCAGGCGCGGUAGCCGGGAAAAACCCUCACGGCGCGAUCGGCAAUGACCCUCCGACAGGAAAGGGCAAAGAGGAGGAGAAGGGUUCUGCCAGCCAGGUGCAAGAUCCUCUAGAGGGGAUGGCACCCAUCGAUAAAUGGGGCCUGAAGGGGCUCCGGACGUUGAUGAAUAAUUUCCCCGAUUACAAUGCGCUGACGUGCGGGCUCGACCCGGCGUCGCUGGGGGUGGACAUGCGCUCGACAGACCUGUUGUCAGCGAAGGUCUACUCGCUCUACGAAGAUGCUCCGCCGCGGUCGCCGGUGCCCAAGUUCCGUCUUCCUGACUGCUACCAAGUGAAGAACGUCCAGCCGAUCGAGGCCAAGAUCUCGAGCUUCAACGAGGAGACGUUGAUGUGGAUCUUCUACAGCUGCCCGCGGGAUAUUAAGCAGCAAAUGGCCGCGAUCGAGCUCAAUAACCGCAACUGGCGGUGGCACAAGAAGAUGCAGAUGUGGCUGACUAAAGACGACGUCAUGGUGCCCCAGUCCUUGGGUCCUGCUCACGAGCGCGGGUAUUACAUCGUCUGGGACACGGCCAACUGGCGCAAGGAGAGGCGAGAACUGGUGUUGCACUAUGCCGAUCUUGAUACUACGCCUACCGCCCAGCUGCAGAGCAUAGGAGCUUGAAUCCACUGGGGUUGGUUGAGAAGAGGAGAGGCAUGCGCCCCUCGGGAUCAGGUAUCGGACGAAGCGAGGAGAGCCGCAUGAACGUCGACGCAGGGGACUGUGGAGUCUCCUUACAGAAUACCUGGGAGCUGGUUAUGUCUGUAGGUAUCUCUCUCUGUGUGUGUGUGUGCGCGCGCGUGUGUGUACGUAUUCGGACGACUACGUCCUCUUCAAGGAGCGGCUAUGAGAUGGGGCUGGCGCAUUCGGGAACAUAAAUUGAGCUCCCUUUCCAGGG